AUGAUUCUCACAUACCCCUCCACCCCCUUCGACCAGGCAAAAUCUUUCUGCUCCCAGUGCAGAGACCCCUAUGGCUACGAUGGCUCCGAUUGCCCGAAUUGCACGGUGUCACCACCUUUGCCGCCGACGCCGAGUCCGUCGCCGAUUUCGUAG